AUGAACUUGCAUAAUGGCUCAAUUCAAAUAACAGAAUUUGUUAUCGGGGGGUUUGAGGAGGUUGGAAGACAAAUGGAAAUAGGUUUGGUGAUAUUAAUUGUUUAUGUUUUACUCAUGUUAGCUAAUACUCUCAACAUAGUCUUUGUCAUUUUAGACAAGAAACUACACAAACCAAUGUAUCUUCUGAUUUGCAAUUUGGCUGUUGUUGAUAUGCUGUAUAGUACAAGUUCAUGCCCAACUAUGAUUGGUGUAUUAUUGGCUGGUGUCAAUACAAUAUCCUAUGCGGCAUGUUUGAUUCAAAUGUUCAGCUUUCAGGUAGCUGAAACGAUGGAACUGUUUGCUUUGGCUGUCAUGGCUUUCGAUCGCUUGAUUGCCAUCUCUUUUCCAUUGAGGUAUCAUAGCAUACUAACAAAUGUUCGUACCAUAGCAAUAACAUAUUUCCUUUGGGUCGCUGCCUGUGGCUUUGUAACUCUUAUGCCUGUGCUUUUGAUACCAAUGCCUUAUUGUUUUAACCGGUUACGCUAUUCUUUCUGUGAUUUCCCGGCUGUUGCCCGAACCUCUUGUCUCAAUCCUUCAUAUUACUUUAAUUUGGCCACCAUCGUAUGGUUCUUUUUAUUAUUUUUCACCUUUGGUUUCAUUUGCAUAUCUUACGUGUGGAUUAUAUCUGUUGUUUUGAGGUCAUCUAAGAAUGAGAGUAGAAAGGUGCUCAGUACAUGUUUCAGUCAUAUGCUUGUAGUAGCGUGUUACUACGUACCAUUGUUUGUGCGUAUUGUUUUCACCAGAAUCGGCCUGGUGUUGACGCUGGAGGAACGACAAGGUUUAAUGAUUGGGGCCAUUCUUGGUCCAUCUCUUUUAAAUCCCUUUGUGUACUGUUUAACAACUAAAGAAAUAAAAAACAAGUUGUUCGGUAUAUUCAAGAAAGUAAAACAAAUACAAUAG